AUGGCUUCUCGCAGCGGCAGCGGCAGCCGCUCCGGCCCGCUCGGCUUUCUCUCUAGUCUCUACGAUCUCGACACGCUCGAUACACGAUUCACAACGCCGUCAUCGGUGCCCUAUAGGGUCGCGAGUGACAAGCGGGAGGAUGACAAUAAGGUCGUCGAUAAGCAGGUCGACCCGCCGAAAUGGAAGUCUCUUGAAUUUUACCUCUACUACCUGGUCUUCCUGACCGUGGUGCCCUACAUGUUUUGGGUCGCCUAUGAUGUGUCGAGGCGUAGGUCUUCUCCCCUGAGCAUAGAUGUGUCGGAUGCCCAGUACUACACCUUCCGGAUAAACCUGCCGUACAUGGCCCUUCUGCUGGUCUUCCACCCGCUGCUGCGCAGGGUCUGGAACGCCGUGUAUCCCGUCCCGCAGGAGGCAAAGACCGCGAGAGCCAACGCCCCCGAGGCGGCCGAGGCGAGACUGCGCCAGCGCACGUCGUAUGACUCGGCCUUUGCUGUGUUUUUCCUCGUGGUCCUACAUGGCUUCUCGGCCGCCAAAAUCCUCACCAUCCUGGCCAUCAACUACAGGCUGGUGACGGCGGUGCCGAAGAAGUACAUGCCGGCGGUGUCGUGGGGGUUCGGUAUCUGUAUCUUGUUUGCCAACGAGCUGUGCAAUGGGUAUAAGUUCCGUGAUAUCGCACUCCUUUUGACGGGGACACCGGCCAAAACCUUGUCGACGUAUACCCCCGCGUUAAUAGGCGGGCUUCUAGCCCUAUCGAGGUACCACCCCCCUUUUCACCACUCUGCAGCUUCGUUUCCGAUCACUAACGCCGGCAAGAAGAAACAACUUGACCCCGCCAAUCUCUCGGAACGAGACCGCAUCGCCACCCCGGCCUCCCCCCAGGACUUCUCCUUCCGCAACUACCUCGCCUACGCCAUCUACGCACCGCUCUACCUCACCGGCCCCAUCAUCACCUUCAACGACUACAUCUCGCAGCAGCGCUACCAGCCGGCCACGCUCUCCGCCUCACGCACGCUCAAGUACGCCAUCCGCUUCGCCUUGGUGCUGCUCGCGAUGGAGCUCGUCCUGCACUACGACUACGUCGGCGCCAUCUCCAAGUCGCGGCCGGACUGGUCGUCGUACACGCCCGCGCAGAUCUCGCUUCUCUCCUACUUCAACCUGCACAUCAUCUGGCUCAAACUGCUGCUCCCCUGGCGCUUCUUCCGGCUGUGGAGCCUGGUCGACGGCAUCGACCCGCCCGAGAACAUGCUGCGCUGCGUCAGCAACAACUACUCGACCCUGUCCUUCUGGCGCGGCUGGCACCGCAGCUACUACCGCUGGCUGCUGCGCUACAUCUACAUCCCGCUCGGCGGCUCCAGCUUCCGUUCCGCCCGCGACGCCGCCCGCACCGUGCUCACCUACCUGGUCGUGUUUACGUUCGUUGCGCUCUGGCACGACAUCAAGCUCAACCUGCUCAUCUGGGGCUGGCUCAUUGUGGUGUUUUUCCUGCCGGAGAUUGCGGCCGGUGUGCUGUUCCCCCGCCGCAAGUGGGAGCGCCAUCCUACGGCUUACCGCAUGCUGUGCUGUGUUGGGGGUGUGGCGAAUGUGCUGAUGAUGAUCUCGGCGAACUUGGGAUUAUUCGGGCCUUGUGUUCCUUAUCACCGCAUGCUCGGCGCUGUUUGUGGGCAUCCAGAUCAUGUUUGA